UCACGCUGGUUCCUGGUCGCAAAACUACUGCGACCCGUCGUACAAUUUGGACCCGUUGCAAAGGAAAAGGCUGCUAGCAUCGUCAUCAUCCUCUUCUAUAAGAAACGACUAUCACUGGCCUAGGACUAGCUAGAACCACUAAAACAUUUUGGCGUUACGUGUCUGCCGUGUGUUGUGGUUUCGCAUAUCAACGCUGGCGAAUGGACAAAUGCCCGGCGUUACCGCAGUAAGCGCACUUUCUACACGUCGUAAAUGUCGCGGCACGUGGAACGCGAUUCUCCGAUGAUCCUUUCGUAGCGUUGAUCGGGUUUGCCCCGUCCGUGAAAGCGCACAUAAGUCCCCAAGUUACCUCGUUGACUCAUCAUGCCCAGGCACAAGCGUGGCUCAUGGGGUAGUUCUCGGAGGAAACCGAGCGCCCUCGCGGUCCUAACGAAGAGUUACUUCUCCGGCUCCAGCAUAAACUACCGGACCCGAUGCACGAGCGGCGAGGGUCGGCUGUGCGACAUCUUCCAAGACCUGCACCUGUGGAACGAAUACUUCUGGCAGGCGGGUCACGAGUUGAGAGAGCUCUCGCCGGGCCAACUGUCUCUCGUCGAAAUGCACGGCGCGUACGUUUCCCUGGAGAUGCCCGAACGGAAGCGGGAGGCCGCCACCUUGCUGUACCACCUGCUGACGCUGCACCGUUGCGUCGUUUCGGUCGAAAUGAACGGCUACAUAUUCAGGGACCACCACAGACUCAUAUGCGACGCGUUGCGCAAGAGCCCGAGCCUCAGAAAGCUCAAGCUGUCCCUGUUGACAGUAGCGGAGCACUCGGCGCAGUGCUUCGCCGCGGCGCUGCCGUUCAUGAACCAGCUGCGGGAGCUCGCAGUCAGCCAGGUUCAUUUCGACGACGUCUUCGUCGAGGGCCUCUCGGAGUUCCUAGCCAGCACCCGGUCGCUCACAACGUUCGCCAUGAGCCACACGCACAUCGAGAGCCAGUACACGCGCGCCAUCCUUCGGGGACUCGAGCGGAACUCGACAAUUACGUCGCUGGCGCUCAACACACUCAUAAUGCACCCGGACACGUCCCCUAGCGGCUCCAUCUUUACCGAGUACCUGCGCCAGAACCGGACCCUCCGGACCCUCACCGUCCUGUCGCGCUACUUGAAUGACCACGCCAAGCUUCGUCAAAUCAUCGGGGCGCUCUUGUCCAAUGAUACGCUGUCCGAGCUGAACCUGCUCCACUUCUCACUGGACAACGAGAACAUUGGUCUCAUAACCACACUGCUUGCAAAGAGCCGGACUCUUAGGAGCUUCAACCUGGUCGACUGCAUCUGGAACGAGUCCUCAUCGCAGCGCAGCAUGCUACACAUGGAGAACUUUGGCAAAGUGUCCAGUAGGAUCCAUCCCUGGCUCGUUGCCCUGACCGAGAACAAGACGCUGGUCGAGCUGACCCUGGACCUGUCCUGCUUCGACUCGGAUGAGUGCCGGUCCUUCAUCAAGGCGCUCGCGUCCAGCACGACCCUGAAGCAGGUCACUGUCGCCCGACUCCGAAGCGAGGAUGUGGCCGAGAUAUGCCUGGCCAUGCGGGAAGCCGGCAUGCGACAGCGCUUCUUCCUCGGCACGCAUCAGGCCAUCAAGGACCCCGUCGUUACGCUCACGAAGUGCAAGGAGAUGUCCUGCGUCAGCUUCGACUCGACUGAGCUUGAUGAGCUUGAACCAUUGCGCACGACCUUGUCCCUGCUGCCCUCGUGCAGUCACGUGACGUCUCUCUGCCUGAGAUUGAGCCUAGACCUGUUAAGCAGCGAGGUGAGUACCCUGAUUGCGCAGUACAUCACAGGCACGACAGUGCUCAGGGAGCUAACGUUGUCCUUCUUUGACAAUGGUGCCGGGGACAUCAUUUACGGGACUGAGCUUGCCUUGGUGAAAGCACUGUCCGCCAACAAGAGCAUAUGCAGGCUGUCCGUGAGGGGCCUCUGCUUUCACGAGAAUGAGAUUCAGAUGCUGGCGGAGACGGUGCGGUCCAGCCGGAUGAUCUACGACCUUGCCUUCUAUCCGGACAACUAUGAGUCGGCCAUCUUGCUUCUCUCGAAGCUGUCGCAAGGCAUCUGCAGCAACUACACACUCCUUUACAUGCUGCUUAGCCAACGCCGGGAGCUCGGCAAGGACUGGUUCACCAUUGUGGAUGUAAAGCGGCGCAAUCUCGCACUGGUGACGCGGGCGGCGCAUUUCGUCAUGGGGACGAGGUACAAGUACUGCGCCGAAGCCGCUGAACUAGUUCACUUCAACCCCGGACUGGUGGAGAAAGUUCAGGAACUCGCCUCUGUCGAUCAGAAUGAGGCCGUGUCGCGGAUCAGGAGCAGUCUCAAGAGCUUCUCUGAGUUGGACGACUUCAUGCGCGUGGCGGGUGUCGUCAAGUACGGCGUGACUUGCCACAAGCGCAGUGACGGUCGGAAGCAGUUGGUUGACAUUGGUCGAGACUGCUGGUUGUGCAUACGGCAGUACCUCAAAGUGGGCGACAUCUUGGAUGCACAGUAGGCGUGGCUUUGGUUCCUGUGCCUUAACUAACUGCAAUUUGCUGGAGGUUAUGUGCGCUCAAAGUGUGCCGUUCUCACCACACACCACCAGCACCAUGCAACUUCCUCUGUGUGUGUAUAGUACUUUCUGGUGAAAACUGCUGGAGAGGAUGUUUGGCAAAUUUUCCACAUUCGUUGCUGAUUCUAACGUCAGCUCCACACUUUUGAGUUGUUAUUUCAGUACUGGGUAUUUCGAAAUCAGUUCUUAUGCUGUCAUAGUGUGAUUGAAUAGCCCUGAUGUAAAUUAGAGAGUAUAUGGGCGUGUCUUUGGGUCAGUGAUGUCCUGCAUGUGGUAAUGUUUAGUGUAUGUGCAGUAUUUACAUGCAGCACUAGAAGCAAUGGCUGUGUGCUGCUGUAGAUUAUUAAUGGACUUCGGUCCUGACAAACAUGCCUAGAUUGAUGUGUGCCGGAAUUAUCACUGCUGGUCAUAUCUUUCACCUUAACUAUUUUUUGUGUGAUUAAAUCGUUUAGGGAUACGCAGGGCACAUCAUUUCACAGGGUGUUAUCUUGUUGCACGUUUAGCUGAGAGUGAGUGCUUUGCUGCGUGAAGUUAGUUCCUGGCAAACUCUUUCUUUGGUUGUUGGCACCCUGCGUCGUGAUGCAGAACAACAAUUGGCUUCCCUUGUGCAGCAGCGCGCUGUUUCCCCCUUCCUAUUCUAAAGGGAGCUGGUGCUUUGAGAUGCUGUUGCAAUUUUUUGCAACAUUAGGGGUUGGUUCAGGUCAUAACAAAACUGUUGUUACGCUUUGUUCUGGGAGAAGAGUAAAUACGCUGUCGCUGUGGUGUUUUGGCAUGGAGACAGUCCAACUGUCUCUGGAGUGCUCUCGAUUUUCAGAAGUAGGAGGCAGUCCCUCACAGAUUUCAUGCAGUCGUUUUUCUAAAUGUGUCAAGAAGUUAAGCACUCCCAACUGCUGCUCAUAGUUUACUAAGGCUUGUGUGUUACAUUUGAAUGUGACCUUAAAUGAAAAACUGAUGUGAGCAAAAUGAUUCAUCUUGAACUUCGUUACAGCGCAACACUAGACAUGGACAAAAGGAAGGAACAACACGGUGCUGUGUUGUUCGUUCUCUUUCCUUUUGUCCGUGUCCAGUGCUGCGCUGUAACAAAGUUCAAGGUGAAUCAUAACCAGCUGGCCCAACUUGCCGUCUUAGCGAAAUGAAGCAGAAAAAUAAUAAUUUAUUUCUUCCUAAAGAAAUACAGAGACAGGGAAGCUGCAGAAGAAGGCGUCAAACAGCUUGACUGAGCCACAGUCCUUAAAUAACAAGGCAACAGCGAUGGACAAUUAGAAAGCGUGUCAUCACACAUACGGCUUCAUGUUAAAAAAGACAAAAAGCACGCUACAUAGCAAAACACACAAGAGCGAACUGUCUUAUCCGCAUUAUGAACGUACAGCACAAAUUGCUUCCUCAACAAAAGCACAGUUACACAUAUCUGAGACCAUCAGGUGUCAGAUGACAAAACGUGUGCUGAGCAUGUGAUGUGUGUGUGCACUUUUGUGCAGCCUUUGUGUUUCUAAUAAAGAUAAAAAUGUGGCAUACUUUCGAAGAGUGGCUUGAACUGCAUGAGCCAUGCAUUCACUUCAUCUUUGCAGCGUUGUGCGACUAAAAAAUAUAAAAAACGGCGUUCGCAUUAUAAAUUGCACGGUAAAAGAGCCGCACGAGAUGGAUUUCAUCCUCGAGU